CAAGAAGUGGGCAUUCAUUCUCUCGCCGCACGUCACUUCUGCCUCUCCCUCUCAGCAGACGACGAGCAAAUUUGCGUGUAAUCCGAUCGAAGUUCCAACGAAGCUCGGAUGGUCCAACGUCGGGAGCUCAGAUGAGUUCCAAAGUGUUGCGUUAUGGCAGGCAGGCAAAUUCUGAAUGUUGGGAGAUUGAGCGGCGAUGGGGACCUGGAAAUGUCUGCUGAACUCGAGGGUGACAGAGUUUGUCUGUAGACUGUGUGUAUCUACGGCUAUUGCUCAGAGCGGGCGGGAUUUGAGAUCGAUGCUUUUACGAGACUCGCGUACUGUCACAAUGCAGUCUUAGCUGUUCGAUGAUGGUAACUUAAAGUCAGUAGGACUUCCAAUAUGCUGAAAUGGUGACACACUGGUUUGUCUGCGGCCGAUCCAAAACUGAAACUGUCGAGAGUUGAGCCACAAGGGGCGGCGUAUGAGGGUGCAGGAAUCGAAGCGAUUACGGAUGCCUUGACAUCGUCUCAGAAUUUCCGAUAAAAGGGGAAUGAGUUGAGCGCUUUGCACACAAAAGGCUCGGCGAUGUCGAUUUCGGUGCAUGGCAAUGCCAAACUCAUCUAUGAGUUUGGGUUUGGGUAUCCGGGAACGCCUCUGCACUACGUGUCUCAUCACUCAGCGCUGGGUAUUUGUGGCAACGCCCUCAUGUUCUACUCGCUGUCAGGCGGGCAGAACAGACAUCUCAUGUGGGGCCCAGGAUAUGGAAUUUCUGUUACUGCCUACAGCCCUUGCUUGGAUUUCAUUGCAUAUGCAUUAAAGGAUUUGAAGCCUGUCGUGCACAUAUAUGAUUGCAGUUCCAACUCUGAAGUGGCCCAGCUCUCAGACCUCGCUGAAGUGGAGGUCACAUGCUUGGCGUUCUCGGUUGAUGGCUCUCGUCUGGUCACGGCCUCCAGUGAACCUGACUUCAAGCUGAUAUUGUGGGAUAUAGACAAGGAGAAAAGGACAGUAACGAAGCUUAUAGGAGAUCAGACCCAGUGGUGUCCUCGAAAUGUAAGCUUCAGCCCAGUCUCGGCUGAUCGUGUCUGCAUCAGCGGAAACGGCAACCUAGCCUUGUGGACAUAUCACAGAAGUUUCCAUAGAGUCUUCUUUACUGGAAAACAGCUCCUUGCUGGCUCCUGUGUGCCCGAGAGUCAUACCUGGGCAACUCACAGUGACAUCAUUUACGUGGGGUGUCAAGAAGGGGAGCUGCUAUCUUUCAACGUGAAGCCUCCUGAGCCACCAAAGCUUGUGGUCUCUGCUUCUAAAGAAAAGGAGACAAAGGGGCGCCGGGCAGCUGAGAAGGAUACUAAAGACAAAGAAGAAAUUGUUGAGGUGAAGGUGAAAGAUCUUGAGCCCAAGUGGCAACAUUUAAUCACCCUUGACGAUCCGGGAGGACCGGUUACCCAUGUUUGCGCUCGAGAUGGACACCUUGUCGUUGUUGGAGAUGGUGGCCUUAUGCGAUGGGUUACAGUGCCCAGGGAGCCUGUUGAGAAGAAAAAGAAAGAGGGAGGAAAGAAGGCCAAGAAGAAGAGGAAAAGGAUGAAGAGAGAUGGAAAAGAAGACAAAUCCAAAGGAGAUGAGAGUGAAGAUCUCAAAAGCGAUGACAGUGCAGUUGACAAAGAAGCUCGUGUGGUUUGUGAACUGGCCUUGAACGUGCCCGAGGUCAAAAGCAUGGAGUACAGAGAAGAUGGUCUUCAGCUACUGAUUGGAGCUUCAAAUGGACUGAUAGCAACUGUGCGAGUAAAUCAACAGAUUCUGGAACCACAGCUGAGUGCAACAUCUCCGGAUCUCCUGCCGACUCUAACAAGCAUGGAGAGAGGGGCAGAGAUUGAUUGGGAGAGUGAGCAUCAUGAGGGAGCUGUCAUGGCACUUGGAUUUAUCAGAGGAGCAAAGUUCAUGGUGACUGCUGGCAAGGAUAGUACUGUGAGGGUGUGGACUUCAGAUCGGGGGAAGGAACUUUCACGUGCGUGUCUAAAAGCGGCUCAGACAUGCAUGGCCACCAGUGAAAAACAUAACAUUGUCGCAACGGGAGCAGCAAAUGGCUUCAUCAAUGUGCUGAAAGUGGACCAGAUUGGCCGUAAUAAUGUUUUCUUCAAUCUGAAACUACACACCGGCUCAUUGGAUCAGAUAUCUUUCAGUCAUACUGAGCACUUCGUGGUGACUGCAUCUAAGGCCGAUGGUCGAUUCUUCUUCUGUUCAAACAAAUCCGGGGAUUUUGAAAAUCUGGAGUUACUGGGUUAUAUUGUAUUGCCCAAUCCAAUCUUAGCACAUACUUGGGAUAUACCUGCUCAAGAUUCGUCGGACCUAUUUGUAUUGCUCUCCCUGGCCCGUGGAGAGUUAGUGAAGCUAAAACUACCUGUUGACAAAGCUCCAAACGGUGGUCUUGUCUUUGAUGGUCCUGCACUCAGACAAAUCAGCUUUCGAAUUCCUAUCCCUCUGAAUGCUAUCGCUUCGGGCAAGUAUUAUUUGGAAAAAGAAGAAGUCGAGAGACGAGUUGUUUGGGGAUUCGGGAUUGACAAGAAGCUGCAACAGUACAGACUCCCUGACAACUUUAGCGCUUGGACUGGAAGUGAUGCCAUGCCACAUGCUGCACAUUUCAAUAUACCGGGACAUCUGAAGCCUGGCCAUGCUCUGGUCCUAGGAACUUUCGAGGGAGUGCUGGUUACUGGAGGAGAGGAUGGCGCAAUUCAGAUUCGUAGCCAGGUUUUUGAUCCUUUGCAAGCACCUCAAAAGGUGCUGGAUGUUAGAUUAUACGACGGAUUCACCGGAGGGAUAACAUCCAUCGCCGUAGUAAAUGGUAGGAUCUAUACGGGUGGAGCCAAUGGAGUUAUCUUCUGUUGUGACACCAGCCAAUGCGGGCUGCGGAGGGGAAAGCAAGUUUCUGCAGGUGACCUUCCACCGCGAACCAAAGCUGUGAGGGUCAAUCACCAACCUGAGGAUGAACAAUCGGCAGAAUUAUCUGUAGUGCAAAUACAUGACCAAAAUGUGGAAACAAGAUAUAUGCAAGCUGGACAAGCUUACCGGGCAUCUCUUACAGGGAAGAUACAACAAAUUAAACAAGCCUUUAAUCUUAUUUACGAAGAAAAUGAAAGGGCACCAGAGCUGGAAAAACUUACACCCAAGGAGCUUCUGGUUGACACCGAAUUAGAAGCUCAACUACGUGAUAAACUGCAAAAGGCAGUCACUGAGGUUGUAGAGAAGGUAAAAAUUAGUGAUGCCAAGAAAGAUAUUCUUGCCGCGCGGAUCAAGCAGGAGUGUUACGAGUCGAUGGCAGAUCCUGAGGUGACUCUUCAGCCGUUUUGCACUGGCUACCCCGUUCAAAGCUUUCCCAUUCGGAAAGAAGCUGGGUUUAGUCCUAGGUUAGCCUACCUUGCGAAGCAGCUCCGCAUAAUUGAACUGAGAGAAAUGCACUACACAAAACAACUGAACAAGAAGCUGGCUAAGGAGGCUGCCAUACUAGCUGCAAAAGAAGCAGAAGAACUUGCUGCACAAGAAGCUGCUAAGAAUGCUGCCUUUUCAUCUGCCAUGCUUGAUGAGGGCAGUGCAUCAGAUGCAGUAGGCGAAGGAGAGUUUACCAAUCGAAGUAGAGAUAGCAUAUAUGAAGAUGGUGAGUCUGUUGUGGAGGAGACCAAACUUCCUGAGCAGAGUCUUAGUGGAGGGGAGGCUGCUGGAGGAGCUCCUGUAAGUCGAAGGGAGAGUGUUUCCGAAGGGGCUGGUAAUGCUGCAAGACGUCCUGAUGGUGAAGAAGGGGGUGCAGUUGUAGUAAAUGCAGAUGAUUCUACUGUAACAGCACCUCCAACGACGACUGGGGCACCUGUUGAUGAUGACGAUGAUGACAUGGAACUUUCGAUUUCUGAAAAUUCUCCUGCUGAUAGCUUUUUAUACGGCACUUUUGAACUUACAACGUCCAAGCGCAAACGACUGCAGCGCUUUUUUCUCUUUAUGCAACUACAAGAAAUCCGAUCAGCAUUCAAUGCCAAAAUGGUGGCAUCCAAAACAAACAAAAUUCAGCUUAUACAAAAGAUUCAUGAAUUGCAAGUCAGAAUCAAAGAUUUGUAUAGAAUGCUUGGAGGGCAAGGCGAAUGUCCGCUCUUACAAAUCAAUGAAUCAGUUGAGGGAAUGCCUGAUAUAUUCGAAAUAAAAGACGAAGAGGUCAAGGUCAAAAAGUAUUUGAAUAAGGCUGAGCGUGCAAAGGCAGAAGAGAUGCGACUCGUGGAAGAAGAGCAAGCGAAGUUGCGGGCAGGGAGCGAUGCUGCAGAAAGGGCGCUGCACGAUAUGAUGGGUGGAAAACUGGAGAAAAAAGUUGAAAUCAUAUCUGUGGAAGCGGAAGUUCAGAGGCCGGCUUGGAUGAGCGGCAAUCCUAAGGGAUUCACCAAGGAACAGCACAAAGAAGUUAAAGACUUUGAUCAGUUUCUCAAGCAACUGAAAGAGGAAAAGGAGAAGAAAAUACGAGGACAAGAGUCAGAGCAGCGAAAGUUAAUGAAUGAUAUUCAGGAGAUGACUUCUGCUUUCGAUAAAGAGAUUCUGGACUUGUUCAACCAGCGAUGCCAGGAUGAGGUGAGAUGUACUGCGAUUGAGGAGAGCAUUGCACGUUUUAGUGGCCAAGUGGAGAUAGAGGAGUUCUCAGACGAGAAACGAGAAUAUGAUCUCUCUAAAACCAUGGAGAAACUGAAAUCAGCGAAGGCCCAGUCAGUUAGUGCCCUCACGGAGUUCAGGCGCGAGGUUGAUGCUUUCAGAAAUGAGUACGAAGCAGCUGUGGCCGAAGACAGGCUUCAGGAUAAAAGCUUCAGGAAGCUUUUCUCAGAUUGUGGGGAUCAAAUUAACGAACUCUAUAAAGCUUUUCAAAGGCGUCCUAUGAAACCCUCAGAAUUACAACCAAAGGAGAAAAAACAGUCAAUAAAUUCUCUUUCGCCAGAGAGGAGACCAUCUCUGAAAGCUAUCCAAGCUCAAGCUUCUCGAAGGGGGUCCCUUAUGGGACCUCCAAGAAAAGCUGCGCCCCAAGUUAUUAUAGACCCCUUCUAUGAAAAACCACCAGAGGUAACGGCAGCCCAGUGGGAGAGGUUAGUGGAGGUUCGCGGCAAGAAAAUCAUACAAGAAGAGGAAGUCAAGAAGCUGACAGUGGUGAUGAAUGAAAUGCAAGGAUGCCUGAAUGAGCUGACUUCCGCCGAUGAUACUAACCGCAGAAAGAUUGAGAGCGCUUUGAGAGAACUGGCUGAAUUUCGUGAAGGGAGAGAAAAGAAGAGAAGGAAUCUGAUCGUUCCUCUCCACAUAAAACAAGGGUUAGUUGAAGCUGAGCUGAAGCCCCUGGAAGGAGAAUACAGCAAUGUCAGCUUGAUGCCCCGAUCUGUGAUCGUGGAAUGUAAUGAAAUUGUGAUGACGGAGGCCAACUCAAAGAUCGAUAUGAUGAAAAGAAUGAAGGCUUGGAAGGCCGAGAACAACUUGAUCAGGUGGGAGAUAGCUCGGUUGCGACUACAGCAGCGACUUGUAGCCGAGAAAAUCAGACACCUGCAGCUUCUGCGUGUUACUAAAGCGAGUCAGAUGGUGAUCAAAACUGGAGAAGACCCCACAUCCGCAUCCGAAGCUCUCGCGCUUGCGAACAGGCUGGAGCAUAACACGAAGAUGCAGGAGAAGCGAAAAGCUGACAAGGAGUUCGUACUGAAGCAGCUGGAACACAAAAGUCAGUUGCUUCGAAAACAACGAGAGGAACUUGUAGUAACGGAAGCGGAAGUCCGUAAAGUGUUCGAGUUCCAGAACCGAGUGUGCAGUAAUUCAUUGGCUCAAGUCAGCAAAGAGGCAACGAACAACCAGCGAUUCCAGAUCCUCUCGACCGAGCGAAAGCUGAAGGAGCUAGUCAAGGAGCAGGCUUACCAGAUGCAGGAACUCGAGAGAGAGCUUGACGAGACAAGGUCUCGCAUAGUUCCUCUUCUUCCCGGCACGCAACUGACUACGUACGACUUCCCCAUCAGGGCCAAGCAUUCUGACUUGGGACGCGAAUACUUCUUGGCUAAAGCGGCCAAAGAGCACGAGGUUGAGUGAUAUCAAAGAGACAUCGAUGAUAAGUCUCGGAGCAAUGCCUUCAGAUUUUGAGGAAGGUAGAAGCUGGAACGAUCAUUGUAUCUUUCGGGGCCAGUUCUUACAGUUUUGUAGAGGAUUGAGGAGGCUUUGUAAGAUAGUUGUGAUUCUGUGAACGAUCAUCAUCUGAGUAUGUAGGACAACUUUGUAUGCCGACUGCUGCUGCUGCUGCUGCAGUCAUUAUUGUUAAAGACACAUGGCACGCACACGAUACGUCAACAUCUACGAGGUAUCAGAGCCCGUGAGUAAAGCGGACGAUCAUGGCUUCAUAAACGGAGCCGGACGAAGAGUAUCUUUUCCUAAGUUCCUUGUCUCGAGGAAAAGAAUGCCUAGUCGCCCUUCAAAUUUACAUGAGCUUUGCAGGAGGUGUUGCCGUGAAAGGUUGGAUUUGUGAGAUGAUUUACCAAUGAGACUCCGAAUGAUACUUGUUCAAAUGAGGGUCAAAGUAAAGAUAGUAUAUGGUACAUGGGAAAGGAGCACAAAGUGAUCAAAGCUGGUCUUCGGACCUUGUUCAGACUGGUCGCUUUCGAUUUCAUGUAGCCGUAGUUCAUGCUCAAAAGACAUAAUGCUGUAAGCCACAAACAAGUACUUGCAACCCUAGUUCAAGGCCUUGGAUACUGGCAUCUCCUAUCCACUCCGCAUGUCAAGAAAAAGUCCAGUCAAUCUGCUGG